GUGGCAUUGCGUCUUUUAAUGCCUACCGAGCGUGCUCAGCAGUUGCUGUGCAGUCGUGACCACGUAGCAGGAAGCCAUAUCAGGAAGCUAUAUCAGCCCGUGCUGCCGUCUGAUCGUUCCGGAGGGACGAGCGCGCGCGCAAGCAGCCAGGAACCACUGCUUACUCCGAUACCAGCAACAGUCAGCGAGGAUCAAGCGAACUCGACCCGAUCCUUCAAAAGCCCUCCCCUCCCCGCUAUACAAGAUUCAGCUGCUCCGAAAGAGCAGUCUUUCCCGUGCGACGCACACUCGUUUUGAUACAAUCUCCCCAAGAUGGCUUCUCCAGAGGCCAAUGGCACCGCCAACGGUGUCGCAAAUGGAGUUGCUCCCAAGAACAAGCUCCUAGACCAGGUGGUGCGAACCCCGGGCAGACAGCCUUCGCCGCAGCCUACCCAUCUUUCGGUGCCAGGAGCGAUCCCCCAUCGUGUACUACACGAGAAAGGAUCUGGCUAUGUCGCUCCCAAAUUCGAGGGCAAAGAGCAGCAGAUGGAGCAGGUUAUGGAUGUGGUGGAAGAGAAAGGCUUCAUUCCCGCCGAUCUCGUAGAGACCGAGACUAAGUGGUUCUACAACGAGCUGGGCAUCGACGACAUGUACUUUAGCACCGAGACCACCGAGGCGAUUGUGAGCCACAUCCACUCUCUGUACGCAGCCAAGAUCGCUGCAUUCGCCAGAGACGACAAGAGGCUCGAAAUUCACCUCGACAAGGAGGCCACGGAUCAUGCAGUCUACAUCGAUACUAGCGUUCCAGGAAUCUCGGCAAUCAAUGGCUCUGGCUUCGAGCAGAGGAUGGAGACCAAGUACCUCGACGGUAGUAGAGGCCUUAACAGCUAUCGCAUAGAGUCCUUCCGAUCGCCCAGCAAGAUUCCCGGCGGCAACGAUCAAACGCUACGAUGCUACUUCGUCUACCAAUCCAGCUUCAAGAACAAAUCGCCGAAGCCCGAUGAGACGCGCGUGGAAGAGCUUGGGGAUGAAAGAUUCUUGCAGAAGACCACAACCAAUACGAGAGAGAUCUACCAGAGCGUCAUGGAUGCUGUCGUCCUUAGAACGGGCCCAGUCAUCGACAUGUACGAUGUAGAGGGAACUCGGGAGAAGCGUCUGGUCGUUGGCUUCAAGCAAGGCUCGGCUUUGGGCAUGUUCGCUGCUCUGAGCGACUUGUACCACUACUACGGCUUGACAUCAACCAGGAAGUACGUGGAGCAGUUCAGCAACGGCAUCACCAUCAUGUCCAUCUACCUGAAGCCCGCACCGAAUGUCUCCUCGAAACACCCACCGAUUGAGGCCAGCAUUCACCAGGUCAUGAAGGAGGUGUCAUUACUAUACUGCAUACCGCAGAACAGAUUCCAGGUACAUUUCAGCAGUGGUCGCUUGUCUCUGCAAGAAUCGAUCUAUGCACACUGCGUUUGGGUCUUCGUUCAGCACUUCUUGAACAGACUUGGCAAUGAGUACAAUACGCUCAAGUCAGUCCUGGACACAAGCAAUAGUGUACACGCAGAGUUGCUGUCGAAACUCAAGAAGCGUCUGCGCACCGAAACCUUCACGGCCGACUACAUCCUCGAGAUCAUCAAUCAAUAUCCGGAACUCGUCAGAGCUCUAUACCUGGCCUUUGCAAGCACCCACUACGUGCAAACGAGAGGCGAGCAAGAUGAUUUCCUGCCUACGCUCUCAUACCUGCGAUUGAAGGUCGAGCGCGUGCUCAGUGACGACGAACUCAAGGAUUUGAUUGCCAAGACUGCCAUCAACGAGCAUCACCUCAUGGUCAUGACGGCCUUCCGCAUCUUCAACAGCUCAGUCCUGAAGACCAACUUCUACACACCCACAAAGGUCGCAAUCAGCUUCCGAUUGAACCCAAGCUUCCUGCCUGAAGAGGAAUACCCACAGCCUCUCUUCGGCAUGUUCUUGGUCAUUGGAUCGGAAUUUAGAGGCUUCCAUCUUCGAUUCCGAGAUAUCGCGCGUGGUGGCAUUCGCAUUGUCAAAUCUAGGAGCAGAGAAGCGUAUGCCAUUAAUGCCAGGUCUCUGUUUGACGAAAACUACAAUCUUGCAAACACUCAGCAACGCAAGAACAAGGACAUUCCGGAAGGUGGAAGCAAAGGUGUCGUGCUACUCGACAUGGCCCAUCAGGAAAGCGCUACUAUCGCGUUCGAAAAGUACAUUGACAGCAUCAUGGAUCUGCUUCUGCCUCCAACAAGUCCUGGCAUCAAGGAUCCCAUUGUCGACCUACAUGGCAAGGAGGAAAUCAUCUUCAUGGGUCCAGAUGAGAACACGGCAGAUCUUGUCAAUUGGGCCACACAGCAUGCCAAGGAUCGUGGUGCUCCAUGGUGGAAGUCGUUCUUCACCGGCAAGUCACCGAAACUCGGUGGCAUUCCCCACGACGCCUAUGGUAUGACGACUUUGUCGGUGCGAGAGUACGUCAAGGGAAUCUAUCGCAAGCUCAAUUUAGACGAGACGCAAGUGCGCAAGCUCCAGACUGGUGGGCCGGAUGGCGACCUUGGCUCGAAUGAGAUCCUGCUGGGCAAUGAGAAGUACUGCGCCAUCGUGGACGGCUCUGGCGUGCUUGCCGACCCCAACGGACUUGACCGAGCAGAGCUGAGACGUCUCGCAAAGGAGCGCAAGAUGAUUGUGCACUUCGAUGUGUCGAAGCUCUCAAAGCAUGGCUACCGCGUGCUUGUCGAGGACAACAACGUCACCCUUCCAACUGGCGAGGUGGUCAACAAUGGCACCACUUUCCGAAACACCUUCCACCUGCGCAAUCAGGAGCAAUUCGACGUGUUCGUGCCUUGCGGGGGUCGGCCAGAAUCAAUUGACUUCACCAGCGCCAGCAAGCUGAUUUCCCAAGGCAAGAGCACCAUCCCAUACAUUGUGGAGGGUGCCAAUCUCUUCAUCACUCAAGAGGCGAAGUUGCGCCUGGAGAAGGCCGGCUGCGUCGUCUUCAAGGACGCCUCCGCCAACAAGGGUGGUGUGACAAGCUCGUCCUUGGAAGUGCUUGCAUCGCUUUCCUUCGACGACGCAGGCUUCUUGGAGAACAUGUGCGUGCAUGCUGAUGGCACUGUGCCGCAGUUCUACCAAGACUAUGUGCGUCAAGUGCAGGCAGUAAUCCAGCAGAACGCUGCUCUCGAAUUCGAGGCCAUCUGGCGCGAACACGAGCAGACACGUGUCGCAAGGAGUAUCUUGUCUGAUCAGCUCAGUCUUGCCAUCACGAAGAUGGACGAAGAGCUCCAAGGUACAGAGCUGUGGAACAAUAUCGCUUUGCGGACUAGUGUUCUCCAAGACGCUCUUCCGAACCUGUUGCUGCAGAAGAUUGGUCUGGAGAAGAUCUUGGAGCGGGUUCCGGAUUCCUAUCUCCGUGCCAUCUUCGGUAGCUACUUGGCGAGUCGAUUCAUCUACACAAUGGGCAUUUCGGCCUCGCCCGUCAGCUUCUUUGCUUUCAUGAACCAGCGCAUGGCGAAGGUCAACGGUGUACACUAGAGGAGCUAUCAUGCAUACACAGUGUUUAUUUGCGGAAAUUAAGGAAAAGCUGUCACGAGGAAUGAAAAUGGAAUGAGGCAAAAAGUUGGCGCUCGAGGCGCAUUCCUUGUGGAAGCAUUUUGUAAACAAGAACGCACGCGUCAGGCUAUGACAUAGAUUGCAAAACAUCGAGUUCGGCUUCGUC